ACGCACUGACUAGCAGGAAGUGGUAGAGGCACGAGACUUCACUUUAAAUUGAUACAGCGAACGCCUUAUGAAAAUAUAACGCCAGAAAACAAAGGAAAGAAGAACUACCCAUGAAAACGUAUUUUAUACUUCAGCCAGGAUCAUGUUCAGGAAAUACAUUUUAUUUGCUGUUUUCCUGUGGUGUUACAUUUUUGGCAUCGAGAGCACAGGCAGUUUCAAGGAGUUUACAACAAAACUUUCCAAGUACUCCAUUGUAAUUCCUCAGGAGAUUGAGGAGAGAAGACCACCACAGGCAAAGGAGAAUCAUGAAGAGGAGAUGACAUAUGCAUUCAACAUAAAAAAUGAAAUGCACCACAUUCAUCUAAAAAAGAACAGAGACUUUUUACACCCAAACUUUGUUCAGUAUUCAUUUGACACCACUGGUUUCCACAAGUUGUCCUAUCCCCAACAGCCUGUUGAUUGUUAUUACCAUGGACAGGUGGAGGGAUAUGAAAAUUCAGUGGUAGCACUCAGCACAUGCUCCGGUCUCAGAGGUGUGAUCAUCCUUGGAGAUGAGACCUAUGGACUUGAGCCUUUGCCAGGUUCUACCACUAAUGAACACCUUCUAUACCUACUGACGGACAUUAAGUCUGAGCCUGCCACCUGUGGGGUCAUCAAUGAGGGUGAAUCAAUUCACAGCAAUAAAUCGUUUGACCCUGGCCGAUCACUGUCUUCCCUGCUGCGGGUGAAGCGCAAUUUACCUCUGACUAAUUACAUUGAGUUGGUGCUGGUUGUUGAUAAUCUCAGGUACAAUAUUAUGAAGCAAGAUGAUGAGGCAAUACGAAAGGAGAUGGCAGAACUGGCUAACUUGCUGGAUGGGUAUUACAAACAGCUGAACAUCCGUGCUAUGCUAGUGGGCCUAGUUACGUUUAAGACUGCUAAUCCUUUUGAUGUGAGCGGCUCAGCAGGAGACGUGUUGGGCAGAUUUGCCAAUUGGAGGAGGGAUAAUCUGGUACCAAAAAUCAGGAAUGAUGUUGGUCAUCUUGUUGUUGGUCAGAAAGAUCCAUACUUAGGAGGAGUAUUAGGUAUGGCCUUCGUGGGCACUGCCUGCUCUGCAUCAACCUCUGCAGGAAUUAGCGUGUACGGUAACACCAACCUGAAUUAUUAUUCCACUGUGGUGGCCCAUGAGGUGGGUCAUAACUUGGGCAUGAAUCACGACCGUGACGGCUGCUGUGCCAAAAGCUGCAUCAUGGGUCCCUCAGCCACUGGUUCCACCACUUUUAGCAGUUGCAGUGAACAAGACUUUGAGUCGCUGAUCUACCGUGGAGGAGGUCUGUGUCUGAGAAACCUUCCUAACCCAUCAUCCCUGAUUGGUGUUCCUGAAUGUGGCAAUGGUAUUCUGGACCCAAAAGAGGAGUGUGACUGUGGCAAACCAGCGGAAUGCACCAAUAAAUGUUGCGAUGCUGCCACCUGCAAACUCACAUUUGGUUCCACCUGCGCUCAGGGCUAUUGCUGUGAGAAUUGUCAGAUCAAAGUUUCUGGAUCGAUAUGCAGAGUGGCUGCUGACACCUGUGAUCUUCCUGAAUACUGUAAUGGCAGCAGUCCAUUCUGUCCUGAUGACUUUUACGGCUUGGAUGGCCUGCCUUGUCUAAGCAGUUCUGCUUACUGCUAUGAGGGCCGAUGCCAGACGUAUGAUUUCCAGUGCAGAAAUCUCUUCUCACCAGAUCCAGCAACAAAGGCAGCAGAUGUUUGUUUUCAGGCUGCAAAUAGUGCGGGAAACGCAUUUGGAAAUUGUGGAUAUAUCAACCCGCAAAAUCCCAUCAAAUGUACUAGCGAAAAUGUCAUGUGUGGAAAGGUGCAGUGUACUAAUGUGGAUGUCAACAACCCCCCUCCUGGUGCCCAAGUCAGCAUCCAAGUAGUUCAGGGCCAAAAAUGCGUUAAUGUAGACUUCGGACUUGGCUCAGAUGUGCUCGAUCCUGGCUAUGUUAAACCUGGCAGUCUUUGUGCUACAGGAAAGACCUGCCUGGGCUUUAAGUGUGUGGAUGCCGCUCUGCUACGGCCCAAAUUGACCUGUGAUGCCAACGCCACCUGCAAUGGCCAAGGGGUGUGUAAUAAUUUAGGACGCUGCCACUGUAAUGAUGGGUGGGCCCCACCCUACUGUGACACACCAGGACGAGGUGGCAGCAUUGACAGUGGCCCUGCUAUGAUAGACUACUCCCUCAGGAAUGGCCUGCUGAUCUUCUUCCUGUUGGUGGUUCCUGUUCUGAUUCUUGUCAUUCUAGUGUUGCUCUACUUCUUCAAGAGAGAUUCCCUGGACCCCUGUCUGAAAAGACGCCCCAAGCCACGUAAUGCAAAUACACCAUCAAAUAGGAAUGUUGAGACAAGUGGCCCAACCCAGCCUCCAGUACAGGUUCCACCUAAUAGGCCUGAACAUUUACCAGAAGCCUCAGUUGUGGUUCCUGGGUAUGGGGAACUGGAUUACUGGAAUGAUGAAAGGAAUGCUGCCCCAGCAGUGCCUCCAGCUCCUAUGCAGGGCCCUGGGGUGCCCAGACCAAUUCUAUCCAGGACAGAACCAAUUUGAUUCUGUUUUUGAACUAAAUGUUUUCAAUUAUAUUGUGAAGGUGUGGGGUUUACAACAGCUCAGUACAAUAUGAAGAUGACCAUUUUAUGAUUCUUAACAGAACACAAGGGUUAAAACUGUGAUUAAAAAAUUCACUGUAAAGUGUUGCAGGGCGUUUACAAGGUUGACUGUAGUAAUAUGGCGGUGGAUGAAGCUGUUAUAUUUAUUGGAAUAUAUGUUUUAUUCAGUUCCUGUAUCACUCUUUUGAAAUAUGUCCAUAUAAAAUGUAAUGAAGAUUUUUGUAUUUUAUGCUGUUAUAUUUCGCACUGUAUUUACAAACUGUUGUAAAUUUUGAAUUUGAACAAUUGUAAUAAAUAAAUAUCAGGUAAUUAAUUUAAA